CAUGGGAGCCACUGGGUGACGACAUGGAGCUCGGCGCAGCAGGGCUGUCCGGCGAGGGCCAACAUCCCCCAAGCCUUUUACAGCGACGAUGGCGUUGCGUUCGAGAAUGCGACGAUUCGACAGACCGUUCGCUUGACGCUCGGAGGGGAUGAUCUCCGUAUCCGGCUGUCGAAUGCUUUUGUGGGCGUCGAGGUGCAAAUUGACAGGGUCACCAUUGCUCUGCCCGCCCUCGAGGAAGUGGUGGGCAAGAUGACGCGGUCAGGUUCGCCGACAAUUGAACCGGCGUCGCUUCAGCAAUUGAGCUUCGCCGGCCGGCCCAGCACAAUCAUUCCCGCGGGAGGACAGAUGAUCUCCGAUCCCGUGGCGUUUCCCAUCCCGAAUGACUCGACCAUUACUAUCAGCCUGUACAUCAGCAGGGGCCAGGAGACGGACACAGUCACCUGCCACAUGGUCGCAAGGACGCGCACCUGGAUUGUGGAAGGAGACUCCGUGGCAGCACCGACUGUACCCCAGACGCGGAUGGCCGACACUCCGAUUUCAUGGUACUUCUUGAGCGCCGUGGAAGCGUGGAAGCCGUUGGACCACCAUGCCGUCGUGGUGUUCGGCGACAGCAUCACUGACGUGUCCGCUGCGCCCAUUGAUUCGGAUCUCAGAUGGACGAAUCGCUUAUUCCGCCGCCUGCAACAGAGUCCGAACGCUGGUCUGCAAAAGCUCAGCGUCCUCAACCAAGCGGUGCGCGGCAACCGAUUAAUCGACGACGAUAUACGAGCACCGAACCUCAACGCCCGCCUGGACAGCGAUGCAAUUGCGAUUAGCGGGAUCAAAUUCGCUGUGAUCGUGGAGGGACUCCUCGACAUUACGCGAGGAAGAACAUCGUUGCGCACGAUUGUUCAAUUCCAGCAGAUGAUAGCCCGGCUGCACGCAGCGGACGUCUUCGUGUUCGGCGCGACACUCAAACCAUUCUCAUGCGUGAGUGCCGAACGCCCAUGGCGAGGAGCGAAUCGGCCACCCUCAGAGGUGGAGAGGUUGAAAGUGAACCGGUGGAUUCGCAAUACGACGGACUUCGACGCCAUGGUGGACUUUGACGAGACGUUGCGAAAUCCCAGCAAUACCACCGAGUCCAGGCCAGAAUACCAGGGAGAGGAUUGUCUACACCCUAGCCUCGCUGGGAUGGAUGCGAUGGCGGAUGUUUUCCCGCUGGACGCCUUCGAGAGGCUGCUUGAUGGA